UUCCGAAGGAGAAGCCUUGCCUGUUUGGAUUGCUCAAGGAUCACCUCUCAGCAUGAAGGCAACACUCGCCGCUGUGGUCACUGUCCUCUUGUGUGUGGAGAGAGUGUCGUCGCUCAUGUGCUUCCAUUGUGACGACCAGGAAGACAACUGGAAUUGCCUAAGCAUAAAGACGUGCGAGGAGACAGACAAGUACUGCGUCACAAAAUACUUAGGGGGCGGCAUCGGCGAGAACCGCAAGCAGUCCAUCAGCAAGGGCUGCUCCGCGACCUGCCCCCAAGGAGGCCUGGACCUGGGCGUGAUGGCUUUCUCCAUGAAGUGCUGCGAAAGCUCUCUCUGCAACACCAGCGGGGCCGUCAGCGUGAAGAGCAGCUUUGCCAUGCUGGCCGUCGGCACCCUGGCCAGCCUCUUGUACGUCUUCGGCGCCAAACUGUGAGGAGGACUCGAGGGGCUGACGCGGCGCCUCCUGCAGAGAGGAGCCCCGAUCCCUUCCCCGUGCAAAGCUGGAAGUUACGAACUUACUCCUGACCACGCCUCUGAGCCUUUGUACCUCUCAGGGUGCCGAAAAUGUGCCAGCACCGUUGGGCAACCCGACCGGGGAACGCCCCCUCCACACAACACCCCCUUCCCCAAUUCACCUGGGCAUAAGCUGCUCAGUCUCUUGCCAGAAAUGGCAUGCCGCUGUGCUCGCUUUUAAGUUGAACCCCUUGUAGGUAACCCCCCUCCCGGCUUGCUUACCAUCUGAAUAAGCGCUCCUUGCUUAGGUUGCCAGCUCUGGGUUGGCAAAUUCCUGAAGAUUUGGGCGGGGGGGGGGCGGGGUGCAAGAAAAGCUGCAGGUGGGUGCUAGAUCAGGGCCAGCACCUGAGAAAGGUACAAAGGGGCAACCGAAAAUCCAGGAGAAACUGGCUAGCUGGAAGUAUAUUUCCACCUUCUGUGGUGCUCUGCUGCCCACUGGAGGCUGUGCUCAUAUAUGCAGUCCUUGAGUGUAAAAAUAUAUAUAUAUAACAGAAAGGGGAAGUUAUUAUUAUUUUUUGCUAACCGAAAUAUUCCUGAUCCCUCAUUUGCACCAAUUUGGGACAUGCAAGCCUGUUUCUUCUUCUUCUUCUUUUUUUUUUUUUUUUGCAAAAGGCCAAGUACAGAAAUCCACCUCCAUGAAUAAGGCUUUGGCCUUAUCGUAGUUACCUGGGAAAAAGCCAUACUGAAUAUGGUGGAACUUCCGAUUGGUAAUGGGAGUUUCGGAAUGUAAUAUACAUGACCCCAAAGGAAUGCUAUUGUUUGAACUGUUCUUUGGAACCGGGUGUUUUCUUUCCUCCCUUACUGUAGCGUGUACAUUUUUUUCCACUGAAUUCUUUCCGAACCGUAAUAAAUAAAUAAGAAAGACAAGACAA